UUGGUGCCUCACUAAGGCAGCACUCACUAUCACUAUAAAUAUGCACCCCACCCUAUACUUUCUUCAAGUCCGGCCUAAACUAAUUCUCAAGUUCUCCCAUUCCCAGAGAGAUCUGAUCAUCCCCUUCAAAAAACCAAUGGCUUCAAGGAAUGUCCUGAGCAUGGAAGAGUUCUUGGAGGAGAUAUCCCUCCAGCAACAGGCCGUUGCUCUCGAGCUGAGACGCAAACAGCGCCAAUCUUCCUCUGAAACUGAUCCCGACACCACUGCAAAGGAACUUCUGGAGGCGAUCGACCUCCAGGAACGGAUUGCCAUCUUUGAAAAGAAGAAGCUCGAGAAACAAGCUCAAGUCCAGCAUCCAAAGUUUAUAGAGAUGUUUGGAGAGUUUUACCACCCUGAGCCUAGUAAGCCUCCUUCUAUUGAUGCCUCCAGCUCCUCUGCUCCUGUAACCAGUAGUGAAGAAGGUCGUGGUGGCCGUGAGGGAAAUGGAAGAGGAGGCACGGAUUGAAGGACGAAUGCUGAAAGUCUGGAACAGAGGCUCGUCUGAGGCAAAAAAAAAUUGUGUUUUUUUUUAUGUUUCUGUAUUUUAUUUUAAAUUUGGUAUAUAAAACUUUUAUGUUGUACUAAAUUUCAAUCACGUCUGUGAAAAACAUUGUCAUAACAGUGCAUGGUUCUCUUUUUGCUUACAUGAUUUAUGAUAAUCGCCUAUUAUACUUUCACACUUUCAAGUAUCCAUUGCUCAGAAAAAAAAAAGAAAUAAUAUUGUAAUUUUUUUAAAUAAAGUACUCCCUCCGUCCUGUUGGAAUGUUCCCGGUUUGACCUACACAUAUUAAGGAAAUAUAUUUA